AGACUCUUCCACGAUCCUCAGUAUUCAGACUUGACCAUUGAGUGUCAAGGCCGCCGAUGGAGCGCCCACAAGUCCAUCAUCUCUUCGCGCUGCACUUUCUUCGCCAAGGCCUGCGACGGCCGUUUCAAGGAGGGCCUUGAAGGUGAGAUCUCGCUGCCAGCAGACGAUCCGCACGCUGUGCAUGCCAUGCUGUCCUUCAUCUACCAGUGCGACUACGACGACGCUGGUCCGGAUAUGGAAUGCGAUGCAGGCAUGCCACCGAUCUUACUGAACGUCGGUGUGGCUGUCAUCGCCCAUAAGUACGAUCUUCCAGAACUCUCGUCACUGGCAUUGAGAAAGUUCACGAAUCGAGCUCAGACCGAGUGGCGCUCUCAAAAAUUCGCAAGGGCUGUGCGUGACAUUUAC